CUUCGAAGUGCGAUCUGAAUCGGAUACGCUGUUUUGAGCAGAGAGAACAGAGAGGGCUGUAUUUCAACUUUUCACUUUUCAAGUGGAACAGGGGUGUAAGUGAUAUGGAAAGGAACCAGCAGUGUGGCCCAGUGCUGGCCCAUGCAUCGCCCAUCUCUGGCAAACCAGAUAUGGGCCAGCAAAGGACUGUCAUUCUUUGCGGCAUCUGGGCCAAGUGUAAGUGCAUUGUGUGGGCCAGACCUAUUUUGCUAUCUGGGUUAGAACAGAACCUUACAUCAGAGUAUCAACGCGUCAGUAUUAGCUUCAUAUGCAAGCAUUUUCAUUUUCAUGUUCAAGAGACAGAACUGUAAUGAACUCCCAACACCAUAAAAAAAAAGCCAAAAAAAAAAAACUCUGCUAGACUUGUUGGACACGUCUAUCCCGGGCAGUAAAAAGAGCGUCCUGGACCUCAAAGCUCUACGAGGUCUACUGCUCGGGUUAAAAAACCGGCGUGGUGCCGAGAUGGAGAGAGCGGGCAGUGGGGUGACAGCGGCCAGGAUGGAGAGAGCGGACAGGAUGGAGAAAGGGGACAGGAUGGAGAGAGCGGACAGGAGGGAGAGAGAGGGGACAGGAUGGAGAGAGCGGACAGGAGGGAGAGAGAGGGGACAGGAUGGAGAGAGCGGACAGGAGGGAGAGAGAGCGGAUAGGAUGGAGAGAGCGGACAGGAUGGAGAGAGGGGACAGGAUGGAGACCGUGGACAGGAGAGAGACAGCGGACGUCGGCUGGGAUGAAGAUGAGUCGCAGCCGCUGAGCCUCUCCAUCUCAGACACGAGCAAACAAUUGGAGCAAGCAGUGUCCAAGUCUACAAGUCUGAUGCAAAAAUCAAAGAAUAAAGAGAAUCAGGAGCUCAGGGAGGAGAUAAACAUGCUGAAGAAAGAAAUGGAGACACUCCAAAAUCAGCUUAAUCAGUGUGUGACUAUGGAAGACAUGCGAGCGGCUCUCGUCAUCGAGAGACAAAACAUGUUGAAGGAACUGAAAGACAGCAUCACUGACACCGGGUUCUCAGAUACAAGUAGAGGGAUUAAUGUCUCUCCUACCCUAAGAGACUCUUUGACAAACGUAUCUGAUGGAGCCCUGUCCCAGGUCUACAGUGGGGUUGAGCAGGACCCAGAGUCACCCAAAGCUCUGCUGGACGUAGUUCAACUAAAGGAGACGCAGAAGAGCCUGGAGGCUCGUGUGGUGCGCCUGGAAGGAGAAAUAGAAAAUAUGCUGGAGGAGUUUCAGGUGACAGUCAGCCAGGGCAGAGACAAUAUCAGUGGAUCGGAGCAGCAGCCUCAUCUGCAAACAGCUGACCUCAGGAAUGAAGUGCAGAGCCUGCAUGAGGAGCUCCAAAAUGUGAAGCAGGAAAUGCUGGCACUCAGCGAACAGAAGGAAAGCUCAGAGAAGGAAAUGCAGGAUGCACAGGAGGCUGUUCUGAAACUACAGGCUGAAUGUGAGAAGCUCCACAGAACCACCAACAAGCUGCUGAAGCAUCAGAAGCAGGGACAAAGUCAAACCCAGGAGCUGUACAAGAUUAUGAAGGAGCGGGAUGAGAAGAUGGCAGACAAGGAGAUCACAAAAAUUGUUGAAGACAUUAGAGCGGACAUGCAGACACUGGAGAACAAGGUCCUCCUGCAUGAUACAGCAGCAGCCAAGCUGAAGAAGAAGUUACGGGAUCUUUACUGCAACUUCUGUGACUAUAAGGAGACCUGUCAAAAUGCCAAUGAGAAGAUUUUCCAGGAUCUAGACUGCAAGAGAGUGUUUGACAAAGUUCAACUGCCUCUCCUGUGAUCGUCCUGUCAGCAUGAGUACUCCUGGACCAUCCAUUCCGGUAUUGCCUAAGCCUCCAAGUGUCCCCGCUCCAAAGUGCAACAGGAGGGUGAGGCAGUGGACUAACUUGGACAAGUCCGAUGAGAGAUCGUCUACAGAGGGGAGCGUGGAGCAAACCAGGGAGGAAGAGAGCUGUGGUUCUGAUGAGCGAGUCCACUAACUGUAAUCUCUUUACAAAUGGUUUAGCGAGCAUUAGAAAGAAAACAUAAGCAGCAGCAGAUGGAUUUGUCCAGAAGGGACUUAAAAUGGCAGUACAAAUGCUAAAGCCAUCACAGACAAGAUGAAGAGUUUUUAUUGCUCCCGAUGACCAAUGAUUUUCACUUGUGGAGGCUCAGAGACUCCAUCCAGCUCUUUGAGCAUUUAGAGUUCUGUUAUGGUCUCCCAUGUCACUGCUACUUUUCUAAUGUUGCUUUGUUGGCUCUGUGCAAUAUUGUGAUGACUCUCAUACCUGAUCAAAGCUCACACUAUGGCUAAGACUGUGGAGGAGUGUGAUGUUGCUAGCUGUGUAGCACAUAAUUUACAGCUAGUUGUGAACUAGCUAUAAGUGUACUGAGCUAGCAAAGCAACUCUGUGUGUGUGUGCACAUUGGGAAAAAUCUAGUUUAGAAAUCUAAGGUUCAAAAAUAAAAUGGAAAGAAACUUCCCUUGUUUUAAAUACCAACUAUGUUUACAAUAAUUGUCAUGUCUGAUUUACCUGUGUCAUGGCUAUGUAAAAUUAAUCACUGACUUCUAAACUUUUUAGAUAUGGAGUAUAAUCUUUAAAAUAAAAAGAAAAGUACAUAUAUUGGUUAUUAAUAUCCGGUAUCCGCUACAAGAAGGCACUAAUUGUUGAUUAUAGUAUCAUCCCAAUAUCCACACAUCCCUAAUAUAAAUAAUAAUAAAAUAAGUACAGAACCUAAUUGGUAAAGUGUUGUUAAAAUGUCAUUGUGUGCUCAAAAACACAUUGCUGUAAUGAUCACUGACCCUCUGACAUUGUAUCUCUCAAUUCCAGGUACAGGCAUAAAGAAGGAAAAGCAAUGGUACCCUAAGGAAUCCUUGCCAGAGAAUCUACGUUCCCGACAGAAAUAAUUCAAUGAAAGAAUAAACACUUUGAAAUAAUUGUAAUGUCAGCUUCUGUUCUGUUUUACCCUCUAAAUUGUCAGGGGUGAUGAGAGACACUUAAACAACAAAUGCCACAAUGUCAUGAGGAAA